AUAUACAGGAUCUCGGGAGAAAUCCAACAUGGCGGUGAUCGAGUGUAGAUGCUCUCUGGAUUUAUCCCAGUGAAGAGCUCAGUCAGAGAACUGGAGAAGAGCAGAACCAUAAAGCGGAGUGAGAUGCAGACAGACAUGGUGACAUUAUACUUAGAUGAGCUGGGACAUGAGCCGCUCCAUCUCUCCUUCAUGGUGGAACAAGACAUUGAGGUGAAGAACCUAAAGCCGGCCACGGUGAAGGUCUAUGAUUAUUAUGAGACAGGAGAAGAGACAGUUGCCGAGUACAACUCCCCCUGCAGCGCUGAUGGAGACAAAGGCAACGCAAAAUGAGAUCCCAGCAGGCACCAUUAGCAGAUUCAUUAAGUUGAACAAAAAUAUCACACAGAUGUUACCAUGUAUUUGCACAUAAUAAAAUUAAAUAUAUUUUGUCACUUUCCAAA